GAGAAUAUACUCACACCCCUAUGAGAGAGAGGAAGUUCAUAGUCUUCGAAUCGUGUCUUCAGUCCCUCCUAGCCUUGUGUUUUUUAUGUGGGAAUGCCUGCAAAAUAAUAUCUACAAAGGUAUCGGGCACCAUGGUGACCUUGACAUCACAGUGUAGUGUUGACCCCUCUCAUGUGAAGACCUGGAAAAGUCAGCCAUCACAUGGCACCAUGCCACUUGGCAACUUACAGCUAGCCGCUUCCAUAAUGUUUAGUGGAUGUAGUACUGUGAAGGCAGUCAAUUGUUUUAAAUUUAUGAGGAUUUCAACAUUCUGCGUCAGUACUUAUUAUAACAUACAGAAGGCAUACCUUAUUCCAGCUGUGAAUAGUCUCUGGUCAAAAAAGCAAGAGCUGCUCAUCUGUGAUGUCAAAAAAAAGAGCAAAGUCAGAUUAGGUGGAGAUGCCAGAUGCUGCUCACCAGGGCACACUGCCAAGUACGGUAGCUACUCCCUUAUGGACAUGGACACCUCCAAAGUGUUGGACAUGCAGCUUGUACAGUGUACAGAAGUGAAAAACUCAUAUGCAAUGGAGUUGGAAGGCCUAAAGAGGUCACUUCAAUUCCUAGAAGAUGCUGGAGUCACUGUUACUGACUUGACAACAGACCGUCAUUCCAGUGUUAAAAAGUUUAUGCGCGAGAUUUAUCCAUCAAUUAAUCACUGGUUUGAUGCCUGGCAUAUAGCAAAAGGUAUUACAAAAAAGCUUGACGCAUCAUCAAAGAAAAAGUUAUGUCACACCAUCUCACCGUGGAUCCACAGCAUCUCCAACCAUGUAUAUUGGUGUGGGGCAAGCAGUGAUGGAAAUGCUGAGCUGGUUGUGGCCAAGUGGAAGUCGGUGAUGAACCACAUUGUAGACAUCCAUGAACACCCAUUUGAGAACUUUCCAACCUGUGCACAUGAUGAGUUGGUAGAGGACAGAGAGUGGAUUGCAGAAGGUGAAAAAUUAUUUUUAGCUUUCUCAAAAGUCAAUCUCCUAAGGGCUUUUCAUAAUACUUCCUUCACAAUCACUGCAGGUUCAAGGGCCCAUGUUGAGGUGAAAUCAAUUGUCACUAACCGUACUCUGCUUGCCGACAUUGGUAAAUUGUCACCUCAUGUGCAGACGUCAAGUGUUGAAAGCUACCACAAGGUGGUGUGCUUCUUUGCACCAAAGUUCUUGCACUUCUUCUACCACAGUAUGAAUGCCAGAUUGAUCCUUGCCAUUCUCCAUUUCAAUGAGAAUUCCAACAGACAGCAGGCUAAGAACAAAGCUGGAAAAGAAAUGUGGCAGCUCUCAUUUCCAAAGGCAAAAAAAGGAGAACCAGUAGCCAAACAAGUUAAAGUCCCUUGUACUUAUGCAUACAUUGAUGAGUUGUUGGAUGAAGUAAUGGCUCGUCGGGAGGCCAUACCUUCUUAUGAAGUUGCAAGGCAAGAUUUAGAAGCCCAAAUUGCUCCUGAAUACGUGAAAGACCAAUAUGACAAGGUCGAUAAACUCACAGUUGUGGCAACUAGGAAGUCGAGGUUCACACAGUUGGGUAUUUAAAACCAGUGUAGUCUGCUGACUCCCAGGUCUCUCUUAUUUUAUUCACUGCACAGGAUGGAAGAACUUUCCUAUUUCCUUUUCCAAUGCGUCCCCAAAUCCAUCUGAUCAUUCUUCUAUAUGCAAUGUACCUGUAAAUCCUAAAAUAGAAAGAAAAUAUGAUGCAAAAAGUGUUUAGACCUGUAAUAAAAUUUAAAAAUUAUUGUAAUGCUGUUUUAAACUAGGCCCUACUUAAGUGAUAUGUUCUGAAUGUAAUUGAUGUUAUAUUUGUUUGCUAAGUACAUGUAAAUGAUUGUUUUUGUGUUUUACUAAAGCAAUGUAGUUAUAUUUCAAUGUUUUUUGCUGUUUCUAAAUAAAAUAUAUAGGCCUAAGGUGCAGAAACAACUGCAUUUAAUUUACAGUAAAAUAACUACAUCACAGGUGCAUACAGUGUAGGACUAGAAUUUAGCACUAAUACAUGUAUUUUCAAUAAACAAUUUUUCAACUA